AUGUACAUCGCCUCUGGCGGCGCUCUUGCCCUCGGCGGCGCCGCCGCGCGCGCGCUGCUACUGGCGGGCUGCGCGGCAAUGGCGGCCGUCACGCUCGUCGCGCGUGUGUGGCUGGCGGCUUGGCCCGCGCAGUACCUGCAAUACAGGGAGCAGCAGAUGCUGCUGCAGCGGGCGGUAUGGAUGCUGUACUUGCUGCUCCUCGUCUGCUGCUGCACUACGGCCGACUGGGCGGGCAUCCUGGAGCGCAAGGCGGGGCCGCGGCCGCGCGGCGCGGCGGCGGAGCAGCAGGCACUAGCCAGCGUCUUGGUCGCGCUGGGCGGGGUGCCGGCCCUGCAUUGCAUGCUGUUCUCCUUCCGCCUCCGCAUCGCGGCGCCGCUCCAGCUGGCCACCUGCUCCGCCCUCUACACCGCCAUGCAGCCCCUGGCCUGCACGGCCAAGCUCGACCCCCUGUUUGCGGCUGCAGCGCGCCGGCUGUGCUGGCGCCUGCAGGGGCUGCAGCAGCUGCUGCUCACAAUGUCGGCGGCCGCAGCACCAGCAGCAGCGAGGAGCGUGGACGGUGGCGUGUGCGAGGAGGGGGCGGUGGAGCUGCUCAUUGCGUUUGCACUGGCCCUGUCCUGCUUCGCCUCGUUGUACGUCCUCCAAGCAGACGAGCGCCGCCUGAAACGGCAAUACCUCGGCUGCCACGGAGGCGCGACCGCAACAUCACACGCGCAUGCUGCCACGGGGCUGCCCCCCUUGAGCCGCCACAUGCUCUGGGGUGCAGCCGCCGCGCUGGCGAGCCUGGCCGUGGCAGAGACCUCGGCAGCGCAGCGCCACCAGAGCGAGUGA